AUUUGUAGAUUUCUCAAGUUGUUUGGAUUUAACUNGCUUAUUACUNCAUAUCAUUGAUGAUGAAAGUACUANUGAAAUCGAGGUAUGAGAUGGUAUCCGAUACUUUCUCCUUACCAGCAGAUUUUCUCAAAGCACAAAGGGAAGAAGAGCAGACAUUUGUACUCUGGAAAUGAGUACAACAGAGUCAUUACAACUGGGCCUCAGCCUCAAUCUCAAAGCUUCUACUUCCAGAGCUCAACAGUUAGCUAUGGNGGUGCAAAUGGAANGUAUUAUACCUCCUCAAGGACAAGAAGGAGUGNGAGUGAUGGAGUGACCUUUGAAGAGAGCAAGGAGGCUGAUAGUUCAAAAAGAGAAGCUUCUCACUUAAUUUCUAGAGGCAUUCAUGGCAAGGGUCAUUCCCUCUCCAAGAAACUGCAUUCUGAUGGUAGGGUGGAUACUAUGCAGACUUUGCACAAUAUAAAUGAAGAUGAACUUACUGGCUUUGAAGAAGAAUGGAAAAAGAAGGGUCAAAACUAUAUGCCUGGAUGGACUGGGAGUAUUGGUGAGUAAUUAUCUCUAUUCACUGGAAGAUAUCUCUACCAUUUACAAUAGGAUAUUUACAGUUAUAUGUUUAUUAUGAUAUUUACAGUUAUAUGUUUACAUAUAUGUUUCCAUAGUUUCCUUAA